UUAUCUUGAAAUUGUCAUUGCAAAUCUUUUCUUUACCAUUCUUCAGUUGUCAACAAUUUCCUCCCUACACCUACCGGCAUUUCUGAAAAUAAUAGCUUCAAUUAGCACGUCUCCCUUCAUCUCCAAGUGUUAGUGUUAUUAUAGGUUUUCAAUCAUUUGUUGCUAUUACAACUAGUGGAAAUCCUCAGCUGUUUGGUUCGGAUAGGAUUGUGGCUCUGGUAAAGUUCAUUUGGGGAUGGCGUCUGAGUCUGAAUAUCUAUCAGCAGAAGUGUUAAAUGCAGAUGAUAACCACAAUGAAAGCAAGAAAAAGUUGGAUUAUACACCCAAACUAAAGUGGCCAGACUUGAUAGCUCAAAUUUUUAUACAUGGAGGUGCCUUGUAUGGAUUAUACCUGACGAUGACUGCUGCAAAAAUAGCAACUACUCUGUGGGCUCUCGGAAUGAUCUACCUCUCAGGGUUUGGAAUUACUGCAGGUGUGCAUCGGCUGUGGUCACACCGGGCAUACAAAGCCAAGUGGCCGCUACGCCUUCUUUUAGCAUUUCUCUUUACAAUCUCAGGGCAGCGGCACAUAUACGCAUGGGCAUUAGAUCACCGGGUUCAUCAUAAAUACAGUGAGUCAGACUCAGAUCCUCAUGAUGCAAGGAGAGGAUUCUGGUUUGCCCAUGUUGGAUGGUUGUUCCUGACACCUCAUCCUUCAGUGGAGGCCCGAAGGAAGGCGAUUGAUAUGACUGACCUUGAAAAUGACCCUAUUGUCUACUGGCAAAGAGAAAUGUACAUACCUCUGUUUGCUCUCCUAUGCAUUGGACUCCCAGUUUUUGUUCCUUGGUACUAUUUUGAUGAAUCUCUUUGGAUCUCCUUCUUUGUCUGUUUCAACCUAAGGUUUUCGGCAACAUUGAACCUUGCUUUUUCUGUUAAUAGUUUCGCUCAUAUGUAUGGAUUUAAGCCCUAUGACAAAAACAUCAUGCCAACAGAAAACAUCUUUGUGAGUUUAACAGCCCUAGGAGAGGGCUGGCAUAACUACCAUCAUGUGUUUCCUCAAGACUAUAAGACAGGAGAGUUUGGUACGUAUGGAAUGAAUUUUACUACAGCGUUUAUCGAUGCUUUUGCCUAUCUAGGACAAGCUUAUGACCUAAAAGCUGUCGAUCCCGCAUUGAUCAAGAAAAGAGCUGCUCGUUCAGGAGAUGUAUCGUGUAAGGUGUCAACUGAAUAAAAGCAGUUUGGGUAGUUUAUACUCACUCCAUAUCUUGUCCCAGUCCUGCCGCAAGUCCAACUUGUUUUAAUAAAGCAACUUCAUGAUUGGGACAACAAAAUAAGUUUAUCAUGUAUGAAAAUAACUGAGAGUGGUAUUUGUGUCUUGCUUUGAAGCCUAACUGAGACUUCUUGUGCCUGUACUUUAUUUAUUGUUAGUCUUUGAGAAUUCACUAAUUUUACAAGCCAUUUUGCAUUCAAUGCCUUUAUACCAAUGAAUAGCGUAGCUUUUGAUAAUUUUCUCUACAGUAUUACUUUUUUUGACUGAUGAUAAAGUUUAACUUUCGUUUAGGUUUUCGAAUUUAUUGAAUUUUUAAAUUUUAAAGACUCGUUAAUGUUGUAGUAGAAUUUAUUGUUAGCCAGGUCUCAGCUGUCGGUAGAUAGUGAUCAAAUCAAUGAAUCCCUCUGUUUGUGUUUCUUUGCUAUCUAAAUUAUUUGCAAGUGUGACCAGUUUUUAUAUGAGCCUUAGUAACAUUUUUCAACAGACAUCAUUUCAAGCUCAAUGGAAAUAGUAUACCUAGUCUCAAUUUAAGCACAAUUUAAGCCCAACCUUAAAAUCUAAUGUAGGUAAUCCUUCCUUCUUUUUUUCCUUUUUUUCAUUUUAACUCUAUUUUACAUUCCCCAAUUUCAAUCCCUGAUUCUUUUUCUCUUCAAUUCUUUGGUAUGAUGGUAUGAAACCCUACACAACCCUUAAUCCUCCAGGGACAAGCCACAAAAAUUCAUCUUAUAAGGUCCAUCGAGAUCAAAUUAACAUCAGUUGCAAGCAGUAUCAACAACGUCUAAUACCUAGGUACCUAUUGAAAAAUAUGACAAGUCAUAAAUUUUAUUUUUAUAGAAUAUGAGCAUUAUACCCAACCGAAUGCUUUUGUAUAGAAUUUGAAAAUACUGCUGUCAAGAUCCUAAUAUCUGUUUACAAUGAUUCCAUGAUCCAAUGAUCUUCCACCAUUUCAAAUGCCUUUUCCAAUUAAUAGCUUCAAAAUUGAAAGAGGCUUGAUUUUGUUAAAUGAGAUGAAAUGAGAAGUUUUUGAAACUGUGUUCCAUUUGGAAAAUGGAGAAAGAAUCUAGCGGUUGGCAUGUAACCUUGAUGAAAACUGGUCAUUCUUGUUCAACUCAAAUCUCAAGAUGAAGGCGAUAGCCUCUUCUCUAUUCUUGGAUUUGCUUAACCUUCUCAUACAGUUGUGUUUCCUCGUUUGAAAGUUAUACUGCUGAGCUGAGGGAAUAUUUAGUAAGUCAAUUAUAAUGUUUUAUUUUUUACAAACUAAUCUCCAAGAGAAUGUACGUGUUUUUUUCAUGCAGUUGUAAUUAUUAAUCUUCAUGUAAUUUAUCAGUUAAAGAUCAUACUGAAAUUAUUCCUGGAGGGGUGCAGAAAGUUUGAGGCCUCCCCCCAAAUUUAAUCGGUUUUCUCCUAUUUUUAACGAAAAUUCAAGAUCGCUCUCCCUGAAAAUGGAAAAAAAAAAAAAAAAAAAAAAAAAAAAUUACCCAAAAGUCAAACUUUUUUACUGGUUAAAUGCUGCAUUUUGCAUGGGGUUUCUCUGUAUCCCCCAUUUUAUGCCACAGACACACAAACAACUGGGCCGGUUGAGUUGUCGGAAAUUUUCUGCUCCCCUGUAUUUCUGGGAACAAUUCUCUUGGACUAUCUCCCUUCAAAAUAUUUUGUUUCAAAAAAACCAAAAAGUGCAAUUCUGUGACUACUUUUUUCUUGGAGUAGCACUGCAACCCAGCCUUUAACUAGACUAUGAAAAAUUAGAAAAUAAUAACCGAUCUGAAGAUUGAAGGUACAAAACAUAGCUGGUGUCCCCAAAUCUACUGAGUGAGGUUCUCUUUGUUAGAAUUUGUAUCUUAUUAACUUUAUGGGCCAAAUGCCUGAAGACAUUUCUUUUAGCCGUGAUAGUAUGCAAAAGUAUCAUAAUUUUUAUCACCACGGAAGUUUAAUUUUCAGGAUUUUUUCUUGAAAUUGAAAAAGAUAUUUCAGCACAGUGUCACGCAUCUCCACUUGGUCCUGUUUAUAAGCUUAAUUGUGCUUCUGAUGUCAAUACUACAGUUUGCUUUUGUUUUUCUGGGCUCCAUCAAUUUUCUACCUCAAAGCUUGUGCUAAUUUUUUUUAUCUUCUAAUUGAUGCAAUUUUAUUGUGUACAGCUUAAUUUCAAUUCCGUAUCAACUAUUUUUGGCUUAAUGAACUAAGUCUUUGUAUUCCUUAGCAAAUUGUAUAUCAAUGGUACAACUGCAGAAGUGCAUAUCUUGGAAAACAUAAUUUUUCAGGAGAGCAAAAAAAAUAGUCAGAAAUACAGCAAAAUACCUAUCGAGAUUUGUAUUUUCAGCCCUAAUCUGACACUAUCCCAAAAUACGCGAAUUUAGCUUUAAGGUUCUGAGCCAGUUUUUCAAAUAUGUAAUUCAAUCAAAUCAGGUACAGACAAAGAGUGUGGAAGAACAUAGUGAUUAAUCUAACCUAGUAGUAGCAUCUGUGAAUUCAAAAAAAUUCCUAAUUGCGAUUUUAAGCUCUAAUUCUGGCUAAUUGAUCAAAAAGCAUUUUUUAGCUGCACGUUGCGCUACAGUGCUACGUGCUACAGAGGUAACAUCAAAUGACUCGGCUCUGUUUUUGAUUUUUCUACGAACACUGCAAUUUUCUAUGCAGAUAGUAGAAUCACACAGGAGCUGUAAUGAGAUGUACCUUUUGGGAAGUAGUGGCAAGCUGCGCACGGUAAUUGAAUCACAUUCUUGUAUAACUUUCCAAUUUUUAUAGAAAAAUAUCCAGAUGGUAGACGAAAGACAUCUUCUGCAGCUCAUUAUGCUCCCAACUGAAAACUGUUAAAAGCAAGGUACGUUCUUUUGCAGUUUCACCAUCGACAUUGGAAUCGUACUUAUGUUUUGAUAAAAUAAUUUCUCUGUGCUGUUGCUGCCUUUUUUAUUUCUUAGCAUCUGGUUUUUCAGUCACUUAUAAAUAGAUCUCUGAACAGUCAAAUUCUCAUAAGAAAAUAAUACCUGUGUCCAUAUAAAACUGAGAUGCUGGAUGCAGCGAUAAUUUUAAUUUCCUGUCUCCGUCCAGUGCAUUUGCCAAAAAAAAUGUGUAUUUGCAGAUGAGAAAAUCUGUUCUAUUGUAUAUUACUUAUACCUAUAAAAACCAAAGAUUUUUGCCAAUCAUAGGUUUUCAAAAUUACUUGGAAAAACCGAUUAUAUUUGUAUUUACUAUAUUUUGUGAAGCUUACUUUUUUCAGUUUUUAAUCAAAACUGAGGAAUAACAUGAAAUAAAUAAUUAUAUUAAUGAAAGGACCAAUAGCAAAUUAAAUUAAUAUUUUGUACCUAAUGAUUAGCUUACAUUGUUUUUUGGGGUCAUCCACCCCCUCUGUAUCAGUGAUGAAAUAGGUUGCAUGUAGAUCUGAGACUGAUGAGCGCUAUGUAAUCAAUAGUAUAAUUUUUUAAUUUAAAAAAAUGGGAGUUGGGCAUGAAAUCACAUCACCAAUAUGGAAUGCUUGAUUCACUUUACAUCGCACUGAUUACUACAAGUUUGUGUUAUUGCCCACUAAAAAUUCAUAUUUUUUUCAAUAUGGGCUUGAACAAAAAAUUGUUUAGUUUUUUUUCAAAAACACCUGAAUUAUCCAACACACACUGGGUGGAUGACCUUCAUUUUUAUUUGCAAAUUGUGAUACAGAUUCAUUUCUUUUACAAGCUUCAUACUAUUUUUUUUCUGUGUGUGUAUGCAAAAAUGGUACAAAAUGAUCGUAGCUAAAUAUAUUUUAUUGUACUAAUUUUCAUGUUUUGAAAUCCUCUUCAGUUCCAAUUGCUGAGUGUUGAUUUUCUCUUUUUAUUCUUCGAAAGUAUACUUUAAGCAGUUUAAGGAAAUGUACAAAAUAUAAGACUGGAAGUGUACUGGGACCCAAUCAAAUUGAAAACCACCUUCUUUUGUGGUGGUAGGUUAGGUUUGAAUCCAACACAAAUGGUAAUAUUGUAACUGGUUCUUCUUUAAUUCUUUUGAAAUUAACUUCAUGCUUGGCAGUGAGUAAAAUUUCACUUCGUUGACUCAGUUUUCUGCAAACACUCAUGAGCAAAGUCCUAUUCUUUCCCUCAUUUUUUGCAGUUUUUCUAGCUAUUUUAUGGCAGCAUAUUUGAGGGAUGAAGACUCAUAAUUGAUACUAUAAGUAUAAUAACUCAUAUUUUUUUGUUAUGUUCCUGUUUUGGCAAUCUAUGAACCAACUUUGCUGAAAUGAAUAUUCAUUUUAUGAGCCUGCAUAGAGUUAAAUUCUGGUCAAUAAACCGAAGAGGCAAAGGUUUCAAAAUAUCCACUUUACCUCUCUCUUUUUAGAAGUAUUCUUUAUUCGAUCAGAUGAGAUUUGGCCUGAAGUAUCUCUCUGGUCACAGACAAAAAUGCCUAUUUUCAGUCAUAACCAAUGGAACUUGUUCCUGCAAAACAGGGAAACUUAUUACCAAAGGAAAACACUUCUCCAUAGUAAAUUUCCUCUUUGUAAUGAGUACUUCUGUCGUACCAAAACAAGCAAACGCUGUGACAUAAUGUCAACUUUAUCUUUGUUUCCAUUAUCAUUUAUCUCAAAAAUCGGAAGUAGUUGCUUUCCAGCCAUUUUUUAUGAAUUACAGGCUCACUAUUCCCAAUUUUCUAUAAAGAAACAUUCAAGCAUCACCAUCAUAUAUUUUAUAGUUACUAAUGCAAAAGGGUGUGCUGCAUAGCUUGCCUCAAUAAGUGGAGCAAUCAGUACUAAACACUCGUUUUGUUAAAGUUUAAGAGAAGUUUUCUUCAUAGAAUAUUCUAAUUUUCUUUUGAGGUAUCAAAUCACAUGUUUUAGCUGAGUAGGUGAACCUAAAUCCAUUUUUUUAUUUUCUCGGAUAAAAACUGAACUAACCCUAAUUCCGAAGUAAAAGAUGAAACCUAAUAAUUUGAUCUUAAUUUUUUUCCCUCUAAAAUCUGUAUGCCUUUCGAGUUUUACUUCCUUGUUGUCUGUUUCCUAAUUUAUUUGUAUACCUACUUAUUUAUUUAUUUAUUUAUCUAUGUUUUGGUUCAUCGGCUGAUUUACUUAGAUUAUUAUUACUUGUCUUUGUUAUUUUAUUCUGUUCAAUGAAUUGCAGAUUUAUCAGUGUUAACUCCUAGUUCAAAUAUUUUUCAACGUUAGAUUCCUAUCUUGUUUUAAAUGUUCCUUUUGCUUUUAUUCUCUAAUUUUACUCUAACUAACUCUUAUUUUGUCAGGAAUCCUAUUAACUUUUUUCUUUUUCGCCUCCAGUGUUAAUUUUUCACCUUUAAAUUGCUUGUAAAUCUAACGACUUUAAUAUCAGUAAGAUCCAUCCUUGUAAACCAGCUUUGGAUUUCCUUUCUUGAAACUUUAAUUGAUGAAAGAAAGAUAUAGACUUAAAAUAUGUAUCUUUACAGUGUCCUGAAGGGCUCAUUGAUAAAAGAAUAUCAUUCACCAAUAGGUAGUAUAUUUCGCAUGAACAUAGUAAUUUUGCUUAGCUGCCUCAAUCAAAAUUAUGAAAGAAAUUUUUUGAUCAGAGGUUUGUAAUCUAAAAUUAUUAGAGUCAUUUAUAGAGCCAAAUAAGUUUACACAGUUAUAGACUGAGACAGAGGAUCUGCCAUCUUGAUUUUUUUUUAUUUAUCUUCAAUGCUAAAAUGAACUCGGCAGGUGUUCUAUCACUCUGAAAAUGCAUGAACUAAUUUGCCAUACAUUGCAUGAAAUAAAGAAAUGUAAUUAUCGCCCAUGUGUUCUGGACCAUUUCUUUUCUAACGUUACCAACAAAAGAUCUGUGCAUCCAGUUAAAUACAUAUUGUCUACUCCAUAGAAGUAAAUGUGACUUAAUAUAUCAAGCUUCUUAGGGUUUUUUUUUUUACAGAUUUCUCGCGAAAGAAGCCCAUUUUUUCAAGUGCAAUACUCCUAUGUAAUUAAUUGAAUUCUGCAAUACUUAUACCAGCCUAUGAUUUGUAUAAAUUUGAUGUAGGUUCAGUAUUCGAGGUUUUUAAUCCUCAAAAAAAUGUAGGUAUUCAUGCCCUCAAAUAUAUACCUCUCUGAAUAUUUAUGGCUCUGAUGAAAUUCUUAUCUCAUCCCUGUACUCUUUAUCUCUCGGACUUUAAAAAUUUGCAGAUUCAAUGUUUAAAGUACAAUUUUGGUUUCAGUCUCCCUUUGUAAUCUCGUCUUGAAUUAGUCAUCAACUUCCAUGCUUAGUUUCUACCUACUCAUUUUGUUAUUAAGACAGACAACCUAGUUGAUGUAGAUCAAAGAAAUUGACUGGAAGAGAACCACAUAGUGUUUCUUUUAGUUAAUAAUAUAUUUUUGUAUUCGUCUACAGAUUUAUUCAAAUUUCUUUUUUCUGUUUUUUUUUUUCUUUCAAUCAGAUGCAAUUUUUUAAUAUUUUAAUCAUUUUUCCACUGUUCAGAGCUAUUAUUAAUGGUUCUAAUUGCAGAGGUAAUGAAACACUUUCAUCAUUUCAGUUGUGUUCAUUAGAAAAUUUUAUGUUGACCUUGCUUUGAAUGUCCGUUUUCACCUUCAGCACACCUCCCCCUCUUUUGUGAGCGUAUGCACGUGUUUCUCAUGAGAGCGUUUGAUCAUGCAGCCUUCUUGAUAACUAGAUGAUUGAAGGAAUUAGGGCACUCUUUUUCUAGAUGUGCACUGACUAGAUGUUUUUAUCUUAUAUUUGUCCUGCUACUGUUACCCUACUAAAUUUUCAGUUCAAACAAAUCAAUUCAUUUCUUUUAGUUUAUUUCAUUUAUCAUCAUAAUUUUGUAAUCUUUUUCUUUACACUUGGUACGGAUUUAUAGACGGGAACUGUAAAUAGAGUUUCCGACUCCAUCUUCCCUUUUCUGCUCAGUAAUUAAGACAUAUUUUACAUAUUAUUCUUGAAUUGGUUCACUGAUCACAGAGUUGAGGUUCACCACAUGCUAAAUGCUCUUUUCAUAAGAAAAAGAAAUAGAUGAAUUGGGUUUUGUGUUUAAUGCAUUUUAUCAGGAUACGCUAGGACUCUACUUAUUCAUCUUUUUAUUUUCUACUUUUUUACCAUACCACAUGCUGUAAACAUACUUUACUGACAAGUGCAUCGGUGACUAUACUGACGGACAAAUUCUCCAAAAAAAACUCAGGAUUUUUUAAAAUUGCAUUUGCUUUAUUUUUGUGCAACCAUCCACAGGUACUUGUUUAUUGCACUCACUACCUCCAUGUAAUGUGUAUUUGUUAUAUUUCCUCUCAUGCAAAAGUAUCUGGAAAGCCUUUUCUCCUUUUGUCAAUCAUCAGGAUAUUGAUGUCAAGAUUCUAUUAGCCAAAGGAUAUUCUUGAUCCCAUCUUCAAACUAGAAUUAUAAAUUCUCCUUGCUGGAAAAAUCAGAAUAGUUAAUUAAGUACUUCAAGUUUUUUUUUCUUCUUUUUUUAACCUUCAUCCCACCUUGAUGCGUGGAACAAGUCGAAUUUUGAAAAUUAUACAGUCAAUGAAACUUCUAAAUAAUAAUUGUGUAGGCAUUUUGAAAGAAAAAUAUAAAAUGCAUAGUACCUGUAUCAAUGUGAAACGGAAUUUUUCUUUUUUCCAGUGAAAACUGGCUUUUGACCAAGGGGAUGAGAUUUUAAACGACCAUUAAUAAUGUUUAGCAUAUUAUUUGUUGCCUUAUUUUUUGCUAAUAAAUUGUGAUUAUUUAAUUUUAAACCUCGCUUAAAAUGAGAUAUGCGUUGUCUACUUAAAAAAUGUUAUACUGAAAUUGAUGAUGGUGCACUCCUACCAUGUAAGCAGCAUAGAUGCUUUGUAUAUCUCUAUGCUCGGUUGAUCACCUUCAGAUUCCAUGUCUUUCCUUUUAUUAAAAUGGAGGAAUUGUUCUUGAACUUCUUUUCAUGUGGUAGUUACAGAUUCCGUCUAUGAUUUUUUGGAACUACUUUUCAUAUAGAUUGUAUUGGGAUGGGACCCUUGUCAGUUUGUAGUCUUAUAAUAAAUUAUUCUGAAGUAAAGUUCAAAAUUUAAAAAUCCUCUUGUUUUAUGAAACCUCUAUGGCCAUAAUGUAUAACAAACUGUACAUAUGUUACAAUAAAAACUCAGAUCAGUUAAUUCUAAAAUUCAUCAGUCAAAACUAACUUUUACGAAAGAGGUUUGUGGAAACUAGCCUUUGAUCAGAGAAUUCUAGAACCAACUAAUUCGUGGUUUUAACAUAUCUAAAUGCACUGAAAAAAAUAGAUGUUUUUUUUAACUCUUACUUUUAAAAUUAUAUUAUUAAAAUACAAAUGGUGUACAUUUUGCAACAAGGAACUACUAUUUCUGGCUCAUUUUAAAAACAUCACAUGUGCUGUUAGUUUCCCUGUGCAGAUGGAUGCUUCUAUGGAUGAGCCUGAUAGUACGUACUCUCUAAUUGCAAAAUAUGACCAAAAUAUUUUGGUAUUCAGUAGGUAGUGGUGAACACAAAAGGGCACAUUCAAGAGGAAUAAAUGUCAUUUGACAGUAAAAAAAAAGUCACUGAUUGCCACCCUUUUAAAUUUUGAGGAGUUCUUGGAGCAAAUUCUCCCUAGCCUCGCUCGAGUGUGUCUUUUUUCAAGUUCCCAGGGUACCUAGUUAAAGGUCAAAUAUUAAACUUAUGAAGUGUGUUUGCAUUUUCACUUUAGAUUGUGAGGGAAUUAAUAGUUCACCUAACAGAGGCUCCAUCAGCGUUUUGGUGCCUGUAAUGUCUUGAAAAUAAGUUGAAAUUAAUUUAAAAGCAUUCUGAAUAUUUGGGUACUACAUGCUGAUACGUAGGUAAGGACAGAGUCUAUCCUUAUCUCUGACACACUCAGAUAUCGUUUACGGACCAAAGAUAUUUUUUGUUUUUUUUUUUUUUUUUGUUUUGAGACUUUUAGAUAAUUAAGUGUAAAUGACCCAAAUAUUCUUGGACGAUUAAUAUUCAUUUCAAGCCUAAAGUACCUACUUUUGUACAUACCUACUUAAGCUAUGUUCUGGUAUUGGCUUUUUACUUAUUCUAAGUUGCAAGGAGUCAGCUGAAUGAAGAAAUAAUGUUUUAGAUGUAGGAAAUUUCUUUUACCUUUUACUUUGUUAAUUUUCAUUUUACGUCCCAUGUAUACCUGCAUGUGAGCCAUGUUUUGAUCUUUACUUCUUUCUUAACUUAAGUUCUGGACGUAAGUUAACGUAAGUUCUGGACUUAGGUCCCAACUAGAUGAAGAGAUUUUGUUUGUAUACCUGAAAUAUUAUUUACUUUUGAAUUGCCUGAAGUCAUUGAACAGUUUCAGAUUAGCUAACAAACAUUUGAUGUAAAAUGCUCUUUUCCGGAAUCACUCUGCAUGAAUCAUUUGUAUUCACUUGUGAUUUUAUUUUACAAGGGUGGAUUUUUAAGUAAGUUUAUCCUCCCUUUUUUGUUCUCUAAAACUACCAGCGUCAGGGGAAAAAAGAAGAAGAAAAAAACCCUGACAAACCAGCAUCCAAGUAAACAAAUUCUCAGCUUCAUAAUGAGCUAUUCAUUUUGAAAUGGGUUCAGAAGGCUUGCAAGGAAUCACACACAGGACCCACAUUAUCUAAAGCAUACAUUUCUUAUUCUGCAUUCAUUUAUCUUGAAAGGAUGCGCAUUAGGUACAAGGUGAGGUCAGCACAAAGGAUUUCAUAGGGUUCUUCUCAAAUCUAUGAAGGCAUGGAACGCAAUGGAUAGCGUCAGCAGACUGAGAUAAAAUAGUAUGACACCUUUCCUUGCAUUCCAUCGCAAUCCUGUGUGGUUUGGAUAAAGACAAACCUUUUUUUGACUUCCUAACACGGUUCCGGAGAGGGAGAUUUUCAAAACUUUAGCUUGUUAGAGUACUGCAUAAUAUGCCCUUUCUAACAAAGCUAAUUUUGCUCCUAUCAUCCAUAUUUUAUUAGAUAUCUGUAAUCCGAAAAAUAGACUUAUUUGGAGAUAAGGUGGGUGUAAAAAAGCUGUUUAGUUCCACGAUUUGUUCUGUCUAUGUAUGGACAGGACAUAUCUUUUCCUCACUUAAUUGGUGUGCCCAUUUAAUUCUUGUUACAAUUAAUCCUACAUAAAAUGGAACUUGAGCAUCUGAUUUAAUUUUAGUCAUCAAAGAUCAAAUACUUUAUUUUUUCAUGUUACAAGAAAAUAGUAACUUACUUAGUGUCACUUUGAAAGAAUAUUUGCGAAGGGAAGAACCUCCCUUCCUUUAUGAUCUGUUUUUCCAGUUCCUCCUCAUGUAUUAGGUAUCAAUAAUACCUUACUACUUUUUUGUACAAAAUAAUGAGUGUAGUAAUUAAUAUAUAUAUUUGAAUUAUUAUUAUCAAGUCCACUUUAUGAGCUUUUUUGUCUUUGAAAUGUUUGCAUUUUUGGGUGUUCAAUCCCUGAUUUGAAGCUUAGCCUUUAUAUGGUUUGUUAAUCACUACUUAACUGUUAUACGUUGUCUUUCGUAAGUCUUAGUUUUUUUAACAAAAACUAUCCUGAAUUGUAUUGUCACUUAAAAUGUGUAUGGUUUGUUAUUUCAUAAGUAUAACUUCUAUCUGUGUUAUUCACACUAUUGAUUUGGGUUACACAUUUUUGUUAACUAUUUAUUUUAUGUACGUCAGUCUAACAAAUAAAGUAUUGAGGCCGAA